AUGCCACCUACUACUACUACUUCCCUUAUGGUUGUGGUUAAGGCUUACGAUUACCCUAUAAUUGCUCGUUUCAUUAACUGUUAGAUAUCAUGUCUUCUAUAUCAAUAGUUUUAUCAUGUUCCAGACUGUGUCAGUUCAGACCCGUGACAAUUCUUGAACACUUGAAACAAGCAAAACCAGCAAGAACAACGAAGUAUCACACCGGACAAAGGACGACACUUAAAAGAUCCUUCCAUAACUGUGAACAUUUAAAGCAAAAUGUUGGAAAAGGCAAAGAAAUGCGUUUAAUGGUGGAAAACGAGUAUGCUGUAGAAAAAGAUACCUUGCUAUACAGAUAUGAUAAUAGAAGUUUUAUCAAGUUUAUAAACAUAUUUGCCAUGUCACAGUUUGUGUUUUGGUCUUAUUUAAGUCACUUUGCCUUUACAAUGAUGAAAGAUUUGCCUGUAUCAGAAGAAGAAAAAGCUAAUCCUAAAUUGCCGUGGUGGAGGAAAAUAAAUUUUGGCAAAUACAGAAAUGGUAUUACAGUUGGAUGUUUUGCUGUAGGGUGGGGUACUAUGGCAAUCGCAUGGAUGUAUACACUUCGGUGUGUAAGAUUCCUGGUAUUAAAGAAGGGUGGGGCAAAUGUGAUGUUUGUGACAUUUUCUCCAUUUAAUCGGUACAAGUCCUUAACUGUUCCCUUAAAAGAGGUAUCUGCAAGGCAGAGUAGGAUGUCAUCCACUGCUUAUCUGCCAUUAAAGGUGAAAGGGAAGUACAUGCAUUUUAUUUUAGACAUGAGAGGAGAGUUCCUUAAUACAAGGUUGUUUGAUUACUCAGCAGGGCUUCAAAGGAACUGGACCAAGUAAAUUAUCUCAUGUAUUUUUUCUUUUUUUUAUUUAUGCAAGAAGUUGUCAGAUUAUAUUUGUAAAACUGAAUGUUAGUUUAUGUACAUAAUUACAGUACUCAGGUGAACAGUCUAUAAGUAUAUACACUUUAUACCCAGGGCUAAACAUGAAUUUACCAUAAACUGUUAUCAUUGUUAAUACCAUUCUGUCAAGGCCUCAUUUGAUGCAACAACCAUUGAAUAAGAAAUGUUUUACUCAGUACUUUGUUUUCAUUGCCAGUCAAUUCUUAGUUACUUAAUGCAGCCUGUUAGUUUUAAAACAUUUUAUGUUUAUUGCAGUCAUCUACUAAUUGAAACAAUAAAUACAUCAUGUCAUU